AUGGACGGCAGCCCAAGGCUUGCUUACGGCAGCCCAUCGGUUGCAGCCUAGCUGCACGUGAUCUGAUGGCUCAGCCUCGAGAACUCGUCUGGCAGCGAUCGGCACUCUAAGGAGGACAACCAAGUGCUUCACUCUUCACGAUGGACCCUUUGAGCGUUACGGCGGCUGUCGUGGGUAUCGCUGCUCCGACAGCGCACUGUAUACGCCUUCUCAUAGAUGACAUCCAGAAGAUCGUCGACGCGCCCGAAACCAUCAAUUCGCUCAGGAAAGAUCUGCUCUCUAUAGACCAGGCCCUUGCUUCAGUUCGGGCUAUAUCCGACACGCAAUGGAAGUCACUUGGUGAGACUGUAGUCAGCCAGUUGAAAGCUGCGACUACCUUAUGCAGAGAGUCAUGCAACAAGUUUAGGGCCGACCUCAGUCGCUGGACGCGGCACAGCGAGGAUGGGAAACUCUCUUUACGGGAUCGUGCAAUGGUUGGCUUUCUCAAACAGGGCUCUGUAAAGUCCAUAUCAGAGCAGCUCCAGCAAUGCAACAUCACCCUCACCUCGGUUGUCUGCAUCGCGACUUUAUAUAGCUCCCUUCAACAGAUGCAAGUAACCAAGAGGUGAUAAUAACGAUAUCCCAAGGAAGCCGAGAUUUCAGCGUCUAUUUCGGCGACAGAGGAGCAGCUGGCUAAGGCGAAUGCUAGACUUGGAGCACUUCGCCUCGCCAAAAAAGAGCAGGACGAGACGGAGGACGACCGAGCUAGCACGAUCCGCC